UCCGAACGACGCCCUCUGAAAGGAAUCGAAACUAAUCUACGCAGAAGAAGCGUAGUCUUCCAUUUGCGUCAGAUUUGCGCCACGUUUCCUACAGCUCAGCUCACCCCGCGCCGCUCUCCCCGGGACGAUGGCUUUAAGUCACCAGACACCUUUUAACAACCCAAGAAUCCCCUUCACUGGGUCCAUCCAAGGGGGUCUGCAGGAGGGGAAGUCCAUCAGCAUCAUUGGACAAGUCAUGCCUGGAGCCGAUAGGUUCAAUGUGAAUUUGCAGUGUGGUUCCAGGACCAAUGCGGACAUUGCUCUCCACGUGAACCCUCGAUAUGACACCCUUCCUGGUUAUGUAGUGACAAACACUUUCCAGGCUGGCAGCUGGGGCAGUGAAGAGAGGAACCCCAACUCACCAUUCCACGCUGGCUCUACCUUCAGCCUUAGCAUCACUGUGUCCCGUGAUUCUUACCAGCUGAACGUCAAUGGCUGCUACUUCAUGGAGUAUAGACACCGUAUCCCAUUUCACCAGGUGGACACCAUUGUAAUAGCUGGGAAAGUGGGAAUUUCCUGUAUUGCCUUCCAGAAUCCUAUGUUUUUCGUCCAGCCUGCGUUUGCCUCACAAGUAGCCUUUCCCACCAAUGCUGCCUUCACUUCUUAUCCGGCGGUUCCACCGCAGUAUGGAUUCCCCUCGCAGCCAGGUUUCCCCUACCAGCCCGGAUUCCCCUCCCAGCCCGGAUUCCCCUACCAGCCUGGAUUCCCCUCUCAGUCAGGAUUCCCUCCGGCCAUGCCUGCUGUUCCAUACAAGAGUCCCAUCGGGGGUGGACUUACAUCUGGCCGGACCAUUACUAUCCAGGGAACUGUUCUUCCCAAUGCCACAAGAUUCAAUGUCAAUCUGAGCCAUCCCUCUGGCAUUGCUCUGCAUUACAAUCCACGUAUAAACGAGAACAUCGUGGUUCGGAACACCAAACAGGGGGAGCAGUGGGGCUCCGAGGAGCGAGACGGAGGGAUUCCCUUCCACCGGGGGAAGCCUUUCACGCUGACUAUCUGCUGUGAGAAACACUCCUUCAGGAUUGUGAACAACGGGAUGCUGGCACACAACUUCAAGCAUCGUUUCACUCACCUCCAGCGCAUCAACACCCUGGAGAUCGAGGGAGACGUCAGCCUGACCUCCGUACUGGUGUAGAGAUCCAGGACCUGUGGAUGCUCUCCAUAGUCCUAUACCCAGAAUGCUGUCCAUGACAAAAAGCAUUACAGUUAUUAAUAAAUCAUCUCUACUUUACAUAUACUUCAAAUAA